AUGAGCUUUAAGAACGCCGCCACCACCACUCUCCUUGAGUUGGUCAAGUCCCGCCGUACCUUCUACGGUCUUAAGGCCGAGAGCCCUAUCUCCGACGAUGCCAUUGAGAGCAUUGUCAAGGACUCCGUCCUCCACGUCCCCAGCUCUUUCAACACCCAAACCUCCCGUGUUGUUCUCCUACUGAAGGAGGAGCACCAGAAGGUCUGGGACAUCGCCAUCCAGGCCAUGGAGGGCCUUGUCGCUGCCGGCCAUGUUCCCAAAGAGCAGUUCGAGACCGCUACCCUGCCCAAGCUGAACGCUUUCAAGGCCGCCUACGGAACUGUCCUUUUCUUCGUUGACUACGAGUCUCUCGCUCCUAUCAAGGAGAAAUUCGCCAUCUAUGCCGACAAGUUCGACCCCUUCGCCCUGGAGUCCAACGCCAUGUCUCAGUACCUUGUCUGGCUCGCUCUUGAGUCCGAGGGCUUCGGCGCCAACCUCCAGCACUACAGCCCCCUGAUUGACGAGCAGAUCACCAAGACCUGGUCCCUGCCCGCCUCCUGGAAGCUCGAUGCCCAGCUCGUCUUCGGUGUUCCCACCUCCGAGGCUGGCGAGAAGACCUUCGCUCCCGUUGAAGACCGCUUCAAGGUUUUCGGCAAAUCCGCAUAA